UGACAUGUGAGAACACCAGUGCAUUGGAAAUUCCAAACAAUUUCCGUACAUAUACCUCUUAAUACAGAGACAUGUACAAAAAUUGUUAAUUUCACCAUUCUGAGGUAAGAAAUUUAAUUGCUUCUCUCAAUAUGUGAAAAACAAAAAUUAAACGUUUUUACGAGAGGAAAUUCACGUUGGCACAGCACUUGAUACACAUCAUUUAUUUUGUUGUUUAGAUUGAACUAACCUGAAUACAAAAAUGGAUUCAAAUGGUAACGAAUGUUCGGAAACAUGCACCAGUAACAGUUCUGAAGGUACGAUCCGGCCUUGUGGAAUAUCUGUCGAAGAACCGUCGGUAGAAGUUGUCAAAGACGAAAAUGAAUUACAUAAAAUAGAAUCUGUUAAUUUCUACCAAAUACCUGGGACGACGUUGUAUGUUGACAUCAAAGAUGGAAUUGUGACAGCAGGACCAUUGUCGGGUAAUGAGGAGGACAAGUCAAAGAGAAUACAUAAAGUAUUGCACAUAGAAACGAGCUUGGACCAAACGAUACACUUAAAAGUAGCCCUCUUCAGUGAGUCCUGCUCAAAAUAUAUUGUAGUUCGCAAUGGAAACCGAGUUGAACUUGGCGACUCUGCCAUGUGGUAUGCUGCACAUAGAAACGGCGAUUCUAUAAUGUUCCAGACUACUGAUCAGUCCGGGUCAGACAUGUUUUUAGCGUUCGACGCGGAGUCACGUAGGAUAGUUACGCAACCAUCGGAAUUUCGUUUUUCCGAAUUUCUUGUGCCGGAGGCUAGUGGCGACUUUGCUGACUGUUAGAGCUAUAGGAAAAGACGAUUCUUGUGUUAAAAGUAGCAGAAUACGCACAUUAAGAAAAUUUAAUAUUAAAUAAAAAAAUGUAUAUCUAGCAAUGAAUUAAAUAAAAUACAACCAUGUCGAA